AUGAUUUGUGUUCUUAGCUGCAAUCUGGGAAAAUGUUAUAAUUAUUCAAGAAACUACACAUUAUUGAAACAUACCGAAGGGACAAUUGAAGCGGAAAUAUCAGUUAGGCGGGCGACUCAUCACGGCUGGAUGAGUGAGUAUGCGUACGUGCCAUCCACCGGUCACCCCUCGACGGGUAUGCUUUCAAAUCUAUCCCGUCUUUAUAUCGUGGCU